AUGGCUGUCAACAUAUUCAACCCCUCAAAUGCCUCCGCGAGUCCAUUCGAUAUAUACAAUGAUGCCGGUAACCCACUGCCGCCGGCUAGCCCUAGCCUACCUAAUGGAUGUUGCAAUUUUGUUGAUUUGACUCCCGGAGCCAAUGGAGCCAAGUGCGGAUGCCGUCGCUUCUGGCCGCGUCAGACGAUAGUCAGUCCCAUUGCUGAACAGGCUGGAUGGUGUAUGUGUGCCCACCAUGCCUGUUACCACGAUGAUGGACCUCACAAUCCCCGUGACGGCCUUCAACAGCUGCAGCAAUUGCCGCAGCAAACCAAUCUCGGUCACGUUGGCCAGGAAAAUGAGAGGCCCCGUACGGGUCGUGAGCCAUUGAGCCCGGUUGUGGACGUGUCGAUGCAGGGCCUCUCAACCGUCCCCGGAAUGGACUUUGCUGCCUUCAGCCCCGGCCUUCCCCUCUCCUUUGUCCAUGAAUUUGCAACUGAAUCUGAGGACGCCCACAACAAUGAUGCCACUCUUCACCCACCAGGCUCCAUGCCCGAUACCCUCGCUUGGGAGGAGUACAUACAAUCCCCGCCGGAACAUCCUAGACCAUUGGAACCAUCUGAACACUCAGCGUUGCCACACCUUCCGUCCCAAUUUCUUAUGCCCUCUCAGACCGCCUCCACCACGUCGUCCAUUCAGGCCAAGUACCAAAGACCAUUUGCCGGAAAGGGACUUGGUACUCUUAAUAAUAUAACACCCAAAGGACCAGCCUCUUCUCAUGCACAGCAACCACAAAAAUGUGAUGUGAAACCCCUACACGUACAACGCCAGGAUCCUGCUACCGACUCCUUUGUCUUGGUUGGUCAUGACGGACAAGGAGAGGAAACACCGAGGCCUGACACCGCUACACAAAACGAACCUCGGGUAGCUGCAGCAUUCCAUGGAUUUUCCCGGGAGACUCUCCAGAACUUGUCAGAUACUAUUAGUGGACAUGAACAACGCCUGGACCGCCUGGAAACUGUAUCCUUUUCUGCCAAUGGACAUGACGAAUGCGUUGAUAAACAUGACCACAUGGACCUACGUGUCACAGAACUGGAACUGAGAAUGGAAGGUGUGGAGAAGGCUGUAGAGGUGACUGGGACGGCGAACAAAGACGCUGAAGUCGAGGAUGAUGGUGCAAAGAGCGUCUUCUCGGCAGUCACAAGUGUCUCCAGUCGACCCAACCCAGAGGAAAUAAUGUCUCAAAUCGACAGCCUGCGGGCCCAAGUCUCCCAUCUUCAGUCCUUUCUCCCAUCACAUGGUCAUGCGUGGACCGUGGAGGUUGUCUUCUUGCCUUUCCCAUUGAAGCGUCUUUGGCAAGAACUUUCGCAGUUCAAACAUGAUGCCACUGUUAGCAAUGAUGACUGGACGCAAGUCCCCAUGACGCUUAGCAGCGCCACACUACGAUCGCAAUCACCGUUUGGCGGCGACUGGGCUGCUACCGAUCACGAUGCAGAGUGGCUAUACCCAAGAGCCUGCGGCGAUAAGAGCACCCAGGAUAGGAGGUUACGCAGUCGAGGGCUCAUCCAAACUGUAUCCUUUCGCGGACCUGACGCUAGAAGCGUGCAAGCGGCCAUACACGAGGCUUUUGGUUCAGUAUUCCGCAGCCUGGGUAUCACACCUCGACACCAGCCCACGGAUCCACGUUUUGGCAGAUAUCUUGGACUUCAGGAGUCGUGGGUGCCACUUCGCAAAAUUCACAAGGACUCACGACUCCGAUUCCUUAAUGCCGCUGAGAUGCUGACACCCUCGUUAUGGGAUGUCAAUUUCUUGCAUUCGGUGGCCAUGAAGGCUGCAGAACCUAGACUCUUCAUCACACACCCAGACGCCUAUAUACAAGACUACGGAGCGUACGAAUCAGGAUGGGCUUGGCAACGAGUCCGCGAAAUGGAUCGCGUCUCCCUAGAUGUGUCAGAGUCGCAGGAAGUCAAGGAAGCAGAUGCCAUGGAGCACUGCUGGCUUUGGAACGAGCAGCUUGACGAGGCUCCUAGUAUCCCAACCUCACUCAACAUGCGCCAAGGCCGCGAACGCCUCUCAACAUCCCCAGCAGUAUUCCCAGCUCCGGAGCAACCGUAUCGCUCAGUCAGUCCCUUUGCCGUCCGAGGACCAUCGCCCAUGCUAUCAGGUCGCCGUGCUCCAAGACCACCUCACAUUCGCACCGCCUCCGUCCCCAUCGUCCCGGCGACAGCUCAAUCUCCCUCGAACGCCAGCCGCCGCCGCAUUGUAUCCCACGGCCAAUCCAGACACUCAUCCCCCUUCACCCGCGGCCCGUCCUCCCAAGGCAUCCAGAAAAGGCGCCGCACCCGCUCCCCCAGCUACCCUCACUAUACGCCUCGCUGGACCGCCUCACCUAGUCCCAUGCCCUCAGCCAUCAACGACCGUCAAGUCACCCGUGGCAUGACACCGCUCGCCUACGCUACACCAUACAGCAACGCACCGUUGCAGGAACUCCGCCCCUUUCGCGGAAGCAGCGUUGCUCGCAGUGGAACAUCUCACGUCCCCAUGGAAUACGCAACCGACGAACUCUUUGACGUAGAAAUCUACGACAGCGGCUCCGACGAAUCAUACCGUGAGGAUGCCGACGAUGAGAGCAAUUCAAGCGGUGAAAUCGUGACUCACGUCCCUGUGAGUAGCCAUGACUCACACAGACGACAGCUGCCUGAGGACGAACCAUGGCCCGGCAUCGAAGAUCAGGGCCGCCCAUCUGAUGGGGAGAAUAUUGAUCCGGAUGAAGGGGAAGGCAAAAGCAGCGAAGCGAGCAGUCAGCCAUCUGAGUACCCUAGUACUCAGCGAGCAUGGCCGGCUGAUAAUGAAAUGGGAUUUCAAAUUCACGAGGAUGAGGAAUGA